AUGGGUCUUUUCAAGCACAAAGCUCGCAACGAGCCCGCUGUGAACAACAACGGAGCGGCGGCGACCUCUACGACGAACGGUACUCGACACAAACGCCGUGAUCAUGUUUCUGAGGCGUAUUCUAUGGGCAAGCGACCAAGCUUCGGUCAAUGGUUGAAGUUGACCUGGCUCGAUAUCUUGACAAUGGCUAUCAUGGGCGCCAUCGGGUUGGGUGUAUACAUGGCUCACCCUGCCCCAACUCGUUCGUUCCCCGUUACGUUCUCCGAUGGCGAGAUCGUGUACCCUGAGUUUGGUUACCCUCUGCGAAAGGAGAUUAUUCCCAUCUGGGCGGCUGCUCUGCUGGCCGCUCUCGUUCCUAUCGCCGUCUUCCUCUUCAUGCAGAUCCGCAUUCGCUCAUUUUGGGAUGUCAACAACGCUACUAUUGGCCUGCUGUACUCACUGAUCAGCGCUGCCGUCUUCCAGGUGUUCUUGAAGUGGUUGAUUGGUGGUCUUCGCCCUCACUUCCUGGCUGUUUGUAAGCCAGACCUCAGCCUCGCCAGCAAUAACCCUGGCGAUGUCGGUGCCGGGUACAAUGCUGCUGGGUUCCAAAGCGUUUACUACACCCGCGAGAUCUGCACUGGUGACAUCGACGAGAUUGACGACUCUCUCGAGUCGUUCCCAUCUGGACACACCACUGCAGCAUUUGCCGGUUUUGUGUACCUAUACCUUUACCUGAACGCCAAGCUCAAGGUCUUCGCCAACUACCACCCGGCCAUGUGGAAGCUGAUUGCUAUCUAUGCGCCCAUUCUUGGCGCCGUUUUGAUUGGUGGUGCCCUGACCAUUGAUGAGUUCCACAACUGGUACGACAUCGUUGCCGGAGCCAUCAUUGGAACCAUGAUGGCCUUCUCAGCAUACCGCAUGACAUAUGCUGCCAUCUGGGACUGGCGCUACAACCACAUCCCUCUCAACCGCAGCGCCCCCUUCAGCUAUGGUGGCAGCGGCGUGGAGCUUGGCGAUGCUCUUUGGACACGCAAGGUCGGUUGGGGCAACGGCGGACACGGAUUCCACAACGGACACCACGGCGAGAAGCACGGCAACAGUGACUACGGUGUUAGCGGCUCCAACGGUGCCGGCUAUGUGAACCGCAAACCAGUUGGCACCAGCCCUACUCAUGGUGCUGAUAUGGUUUAA